CCCCUUCUCUCUCUCUCUCACGCACACACACAAACACAUACACACAAUGGGCAACCAAGAAGUAGAGAGAGAUGAGCCACUGAGCCCGCUGGGCCGGCUGUUCCUCACGCCCGAAAUGCACCAGAUAGUCCACUGCAUCAUGGGCUGCGAGAACCCGAUCGACGUCGCGGCUGCCACGUCCGAAAUCGCCAACUCCGUCAUGGUCCGACUCCCCCGAUUCUCCAGCCUCCUGGUCCGAGACUCUCACGGCCGCGAGCACUGGCGCCAGACCCAAGUUGACGUCCGCCGUCACGUCAUUGUCGUCGAAGAACCCGUCUCUGACGCCGGCGACGAUGAAGAAGCGGUGAACGACUAUGUCGCCGACCUUGCCGUCUCAUUGCCGCUCAGCUACGACAAGCCGCUGUGGGAGGUACACCUGUUGAGAGCUCACAAUUGUAUUGUUUUUCGGAUCCACCAUGCAUUGGGGGACGGGAUUUCGCUGAUGUCGAUGCUUCAAGAGUGGUGCCGGAGGGCCGAUCAUGAACUGGAUCGGAGGUCGAGUAUGGGUUCAAUGGGUACUUAUUCUAAUUCGUCGUCAAACCAGGAGAAGCAAUGGACGCAGUUGUGGAAGGUAGUGGUGGGAAUGCUGAUGGGGUUGGGUUUUAUUAUGGAGUUUGUGUUGAGGGCUUUGUGGGUGAAAGACAAGACAACCGCCGUGAGCGGCGGCGCUGGGGUGGAGCUGUGGCCGAGGAAGCUUGCCACAGCGAAGUUCUGGUUGGAUGACAUGAAAGCGGUGAAAAAAGUCGUUACUAAUGCGACAAUUAACGACGUACUUUUUGGCGUAAUUUCAUCUGGACUAUCGAGAUAUUUGGAUUUGCGAACCCCAAAAGCUCUUCAAGACGGUGUUCAAAUUACGGGACUAGCCAUGGUUAAUUUGAGGAAACAAUCAGGAUUACAGGAACUUUCGGAUAUGUUGAAAGGCAAUUCAGGAAAUCGGUGGGGUAACAAAUUUGGUAUGCUUCUCGUACCUUUUUAUUAUCGUCGAAGUGGAGCUAAUCCUCUACAGUAUGUGAAGAUAGCCAAACAAAUGAUGGACCACAAGAAACAGUCUUUGGAGGCUCACUUCUCUUACAACAUGGAAAAGCUUCUCAUGUCCUAUUUUGGACCACAGGUUGCAACCAGGUUGAACUACAGGAUUGUAUGCAACACAACCUUUUUAAUCUCAAAUGUGAUGGGCCCAAAAGAGGAGAUUACAAUUGCCGGAAAUCCUGUAAAGUAUCUGAGGUUGAAUAACACUAGCCUACCCCAUGCAAUCACAAUGCACAUGUUGAGCUAUGCAGGACGAGUUGAUAUGCAAAUACUAGUGGCAAAAGAUAUCAUACCUGACCCACAAGUUCUAGCAAAGUGCUUUGAAGAUGCCCUACACCAAAUGAAGGAGGCUGCAACUAAAGAAUGAGGAAUAUCUUAGCCAAUAUUUCCUCAUCUGAUCUCUUAAUAAUUAUCUUUUGGAUUAGUUUGUUGUGUUGUUGUAGUUUAUCUUGUAGUGUAGUUUAUCUUUAUCUUCUUUUCCCUUUCUUUUCUAAUUCCGUUAAGAUCUUAUCCAUCCAAGUAUGGACCUGAUGCCGGUCAAAGUCCUUGAAAUUAUUCAAGAAGUCAUUGCGUCGAUCGAAGAGUCUUUUUAAGUUUCUAAGUGGUUUUUGAGUUUCAAAGAGUCAAACACAUUUUUCUAUUAGUCUAUGGUCAAGUCCUUUUUAACUUGUCUUGAAAAUGCAAGUGUCUUUUCCUAUUCUUGGAGGGUUGUUCCAAGUAGUCUAUAAAUUCUAUUGUUAUGAAUGAAAUGGUAGUAGAGA